AACUCUUUGUUUUGAAUAUCUUUGACCACUGUUAAUUAGUAUUUUCAUUUUCUGUGAUAUAAAUAUAACAACUCUCUCUCUAAAAUUCUCAAUAUUCAUUCACUUUCUCUCUCUAAAAUCUUCAUUUCGCAGCUUUUUCAAUCUGCUGUUUUCUUUGACUCUGUAAUAGUUUCUUCGUGGACGAAUCAAAACCACAGAAAAAAAUUCAAUUUUUCACCCAUUUCUUUGUCCUUUGAUCGCUUUACUGUGAAUUUCUUCAGCUUCCAAUUCUUUGCACAGACAUAAACAGUUCUCUAUAACAAUCCUUGUUCUGUUCAUAGGAUGGGGUGUUUUACUAUAUUGAAGAGAAAUAAGAAAAAGUCUGAUCAGAUUGCGUAUGUAAAACGCGUAAGCCCUGGCGAGGAUUCUCCUACAGUACUUCCUGAACCCCAAACUCAUACUCGCUCACUCCAGUCUGCGCCUCCUAGUUUUAAGAUAAGAGUGAAACCAAUUCAACCUACUAAUAAUAAAGUCACUAACAAUAGAUCAACUAGAAUACGAGCUUUGUCUGCUCCAUCGGCUCUUGAUGAAGCAGAACAAGAUGCAUUGGCCAUAAUUGAGUAUGAGGGACAAGAAGACUCAAAAUACCGAACUGGAUCAUGGAAGGAGCAGCGCACUUCUAGUCCACAACCUUUACCGCUUCCAUCUCCUAAGGGUAGCGGUACACUGAAGACUGUUGGAAGCUUUAAGUUGGGGACAGCUAGUAGUCCCUUAUAUGCUUCUGGACCUUUGCCGCUUCCACCAACUGGGUCACUUCGAAACUUUUCAUAUGAUGAACUUGCUGCCGCUUGCCUCAAUUUCUCUUCAGAUCGAUACAUGUCAGAAUCUCUUUCAUCCACCAUCUAUAAAGCUUCCUUUGGUGACGACACUUCAACUUCAAGUUCAAAGAAAUUUGAAGCCACUGUCACACGCCUUCGCCCAUCACCUCAGGGCCUGAAGGAAUUCAUAAAUGAAGUUAAUACUCUUGCAUCUUUGGAGCAUCCAAACCUCUGUAGAUUGCUAGGAUUUCACGCGCGUGAUGGUUCAGAACAUAGAAUGUUGGUUUAUGAGAGGCUAUACCAUGGAAGUUUGGACCGCUUAUUGUAUGGGAAAUCUGAUGGACCAUCAAUUGAUUGGAAUACAAGAAUGAAAAUUGCAAUAUGUGCUGCACUAGGUCUUUCUUUCUUGCAUGAAGAAGGGCCUUUUCAGGCAAUGUAUAAUGAAUUCUCAACAGCCAACAUUCAGAUUGACAAAGAUUUCAGUGCAAAGCUUUCAGGAUAUGGUUGUGUCGGACAUGUUCCCAAGGAAGAGAUUUCAAGCAGUUCAUCUGCCGUUGGAAACCUAUCGAUGGAGACACUGGAGAAAGGAAUGCUUACUCCAAAGAGCAACGUAUGGAGUUUCGGAAUUUUUCUUCUAGAGCUACUUACAGGAAGAAAGAAUCUCGAUAGCCGCCACCCCAAGGAAGAGAGGAAUUUGGUGAAGUGGAGCAGGCCUUUCCUAUCUGAUGAUCAUCGUUUGUCAAUGAUCAUGGAUCCUCAACUCAAAGGCCGCUUUCCUUCUAAAGCGGCGAGUACAAUAGCUCACAUUGCACAAAGAUGCCUUCAAAUGGAGCCAUCAGAACGACCAACCAUGGGAACUGUUGUUGAGCAUCUCAAAAAGAUACAAGAUUUGAAGCAUUCUUCCAGAUUCCCACUGCAAGAACCAGCACAAAUGUCGAGAUCACCAAGUCUUAAUGGUAUCAUCCACCCUCCACCAAGGUCGAGUUUCUCUCCAUCACCAUCAUCCAGAGCUCUGGUAUCUGUUUCACCUCCAAGAUGGUCAGGAGUGUCGAUUCAACUUCCGCCUCGCGCUUUUUCUUCAACCCUCUAUUUGGAGGAGCUUGAUAGGCAAGAAAGUCGCAAGUUAUCAGCCUCGGCCUCAACCUCAGCUUCUAGGAAGGCUAGUGUUGAAGGAUUUUGAUUGUCUAUAGUGUUCAUUUUUUAUUUAUUAUUCUUUUUAUGGGUGUAGUUCAACACAGUUUUAUAGGAGAUAAAGAUUUGUAAUCAUCCCUCAGUGUGAUGCAGAGAUGAUGCUCUUUUGUACAUAGUGCAAAGGUUGGUCCCCUUGGUUCAA